AUGAUGCAGAUGCAGCCGGACGUGCAGGAGGCCGUCGACAGGAGGAUCCCCAGGAAGUUGCUUGCAGGCCCCUCUGCGGCCAUCCAGAUACGCGUGGUCAGCGCGGCGACUGGCCAGGACGGGAUGCGGGUGAAUCUCGGGGUGGCCUCGUACCUGAAGAAACUCGAGAGCAAGUUCUCUGAGAUGCAGGUGCGCCCGAAGAUGAUCUACGUGAUGUCGGACGACCCCUCGCUCACAGAAGAGAAGCUGAACAUGAACUUCCCGGACUACGAGUUCCUCCGCCCGGAGAGGCAGUGGGCGGAUGUCGCAAGGGGCGACGUCACUAACCAGAACCAGUCGAAGUCUACCGUCACGUACGACCUUCUGGCCGACAUCUUCGCGGCGGUGCGGAGCGAGGUUUUCAUCGGAACGGCAAGCAACUUGUUCUGGCUGGUUUACGCGUUGAAGCAGACCAAGGUGGAUCCUGGGAUCAGCUGCUGGAUCAACACCGUGGAGGCGUCCCCAGAGUUCAAAAGACUCUUUUGCCCAGGGGACCCUGGCUUCUACACCUACUCGCCGGCCGGCCUACGGCCCAACAUGGAGGAGGAGUACGUGUCGCUAUUGCGAGACGGGCUCGACCGGAAAUCAGCUUGGUGGAAAGCGCUGGAGAACCACCACAAGCGGACCAGGAUUCCUCCCAUGGCGCUGAACAAAUCUGGAAAGGCAACCAUCGCUGGGCAUUCCGCAGUCCAUUAG